GAGAUCGGAGCGCGCCGGCGGGGCGCAGAGCCCGCCAGCCUGGCUAACGAGGGGAGCCGCGGGGGGCGCGCCCCUGGAGGGCCCCCGGAGCCGCGCAGGAUGCCGCACGAAGAGCCGCCGUCGCUGCAGCGACCGCGCUACGGCUCUAUUGUAGACGAUGAAAGACUUUCUGCAGAGGAGAUGGAUGAGAGGAGACGGCAGAACAUUGCUUAUGAGUAUCUGUGCCACCUGGAGGAAGCCAAGAGGUGGAUGGAGGUCUGCUUAGUUGAAGAAUUGCCACCAACCACUGAGCUGGAGGAAGGGCUCCGGAAUGGAGUUUACCUUGCGAAGUUAGCCAAGUUCUUUGCCCCGAAAAUGGUAUCAGAGAAAAAGAUCUAUGAUGUGGAACAAACACGCUAUAAGAUAUUUUAUCCAGAAACAACAGAUGUCUAUGACCGGAAAAACAUACCAAGAAUGAUAUAUUGUAUUCAUGCACUGAGCUUAUAUCUAUUCAAACUAGGGAUAGCACCCCAGAUCCAGGAUCUCUUGGGCAAAGUGGACUUCACAGAGGAAGAAAUCAGUAAUAUGAGAAAAGAACUUGAGAAAUAUGGAAUACAGAUGCCGUCUUUCAGCAAAAUUGGUGGCAUUUUGGCCAAUGAACUAUCUGUGGAUGAAGCUGCAUUGCAUGCUGCAGUCAUAGCCAUUAAUGAAGCUAUUGAAAAAGGAAUCGCAGAGCAGACCAUUGUAACACUAAGAAACCCAAAUGCAGUUUUGACUUUAGUGGAUGACAGCCUGGCAGAAGAAUAUCAGAAGGAACUCUGGGGAGCUAAAAGAAAAAAAGAGGAAAAUGCAAAGCUGAAGAACAACUGUAUUUCAGAAGAAGAGAGGGACGUGUAUGAAGAACUGCUGACACAAGCAGAAAUCCAGGGCAGCAUUGAUAAAGUCAACAGAUUGGCUGCAGUGGACCACAUCAAUGUUGUCCUUCGGAAAGGGGACCCUGAGCACACACUACUGGCGCUGAAGAAACCAGAGGCCCAGCUGCCCGCUGUCUACCCCUUUGCUGCUGCAAUGUACCAGAAUGAGCUCUUCAACCUCCAGAGGCAGAAUCCUAUGAACUACCUGGCGCAUGAGGAGCUCCUGAUCGCGGUAGAAAUGCUAUCUGCAGUGGCAUUGCUGAACCAAGCCUUGGACAGCAACAAUCUCGUGUCCGUGCAGAACCAACUCAGAAGCCCCUCCAUAGGGUUCAACAACCUGGACGAAGUGUACAUAGAACGGCCAUGGCAUCCUGAGAGCACAUUGGGCAAGGCAUUGGCUCCUGUAAUUCUUGAUAUGGAGAAUGAACACAUAAUGUACUUAAAGGGAAUUUUUCUUUAUUUUCUAGGAAUUGUAGCUGUAGGAUACAUCAAUGAAGCUAUAGAUGAAGGGAAUCCUCUGAGGACUUUAGACACCUUGUUGUUACCUAAUGCUAAGAUCAGAGAUGUGCACCCAGCCCAUGCCCAGCACUACCAAGAUGUUUUGCAUUAUGCGAAAUCACAAAAACUCAUGAGUAAUGGCCAGGUGGCGACCUGGCGCGGCGGUGUCCGCGCUGGGCUGUGGAGCGCGAGGUUGCCGGUUCGCGCCCCUGUCCCGACUCUCUCUCUGGGCUGUUACGCGAAUGCACUGCUUUCCUUUAAACUAGAGGCCUCCGCCCAAGGGCAAGAUAAUUUAAGCUGGAAUGAGAUUCAGAAUUGUAUUGAUAUGAUUAAUGCUCAGAUUCAAGAAGAAAAUGACCGGGCUAUGCUGGUCAUUGAUGUGAAUCGGUGUUUAGAGGAACAAAAGUCAGAUGCUAUUUUGCCUGCACUGAAGUCUUCUUCUUCUAAUGUACAAAACAUUAUCUCUGAAUGUGCUGACCAGUACUAUGAGGCGCUGGCAAAAGCAAAAGGAAACAAAGCUGAAAAAGUGUCUACAGAAGGUCCGUGGCUCAAACUCAACCUGCAGGAGAGACACAAUAUUGUACAUGAAUUGGAGAACAAGGAAGGAGUUUCCUGGGUCACACCUGAAUCAUGUGUACUUAAGGAGUCAUGGCUCAUGGGAAAAGAAAUUGAGGACAUCAUUGAGGAGGUCACUGUACGGUACAUCCGGGAGAAGAUAUGGUCUGCUUCCGAAGAUGAUCUGCUUUGCUUUCAAGCCACCAGUUCAGGACCCAUGCUUAGGGAAGAGUUUGAAGCUCGGAAAUCAUUCUUGCGUGAUCAAGAAGAGAAUGUGAUCAAAAUACAGGCUUUUUGGAAAGGAUAUAAACAACAAAAGGCAUAUCUGCAAAGGCGACAAACAUUCGCUGGUAAUGUUGAUUCUGUUGUAAAGAUUCAGUCUUGGUUCCGAAUGGCAACAGCAAGAAAAAAGUAUCUUUCACGACUGCAGUAUUUUGAAGAUCAUAAAAAUGAAGUUGUGAAAAUACAGUCUUUACUGAGAGCAAGCAAAGCCAGAAAUGACUACAGAACCUUGGUUGGCUCUGAAAACCCACCCUUAACAGUAAUCCGCAAAUUUGUGCAUCUACUGGACCAAAGUGACCUGGAUUUCCAGGAGGAUCUGGAGGUAGCACGACUGAGGGAGGAAGUAGUAACCAAGAUUAGGGCCAACCAGCAGCUGGAAAAAGACCUGAACCUGAUGGACAUCAAGAUUGGGCUCCUGGUGAAGAACAGGAUCACGCUAGAGGAUGUAAUCUCACACAGAAAAAAGCUGAAUAAGAAAAAAGGAGGAGAAAUGGAAAUACUGAAUAACAUUGACAACCAGGGAAUCAAAAGCUUGAGCAAGGAGAGGAGGAAAACACUAGAAACGUACCAGCAGCUGUUCUACCUUCUCCAGACCAACCCUUUAUACUUGGCCAAGCUGAUCUUCCAGAUGCCUCAGAACAAGUCAACUAAAUUUAUGGACACAGUUAUUUUUACACUGUACAAUUAUGCCUCUAACCAGCGGGAAGAAUACCUGCUCCUCAAGCUUUUCAAAACUGCUCUGGAGGAAGAAAUAAAGUCGAAGGUGGACCAGGUACAGGACAUUGUUACUGGUAACCCCACUGUCAUCAAGAUGGUCGUAAGCUUCAACAGAGGAGCCCGGGGACAGAACACCCUGCGCCAACUCCUGGCUCCAGUGGUCAAAGAGAUCAUCGAUGACAAGUCCCUCAUCAUCAACACCAGCCCCGUCGAGGUGUACAAGGCUUGGGUGAACCAACUAGAAACACAGACCGGAGAGGCCAGCAAGCUACCCUAUGAUGUGACCACAGAGCAAGCCCUGACCUAUCCGGAAGUGAGAAAUAAGCUGGAUGCGUCCAUUGAAAACCUGCGAAGGGUCACUGACAAGGUUCUGAAUUCUAUCAUCUCCUCCCUCGAUCUGCUGCCUUACGGAUUGAGGUUUAUAGCCAAAGUACUGAAGAAUUCCAUCCAUGAGAAAUUCCCAGAUGCAACAGAAGAUGAGCUCUUGAAGAUUGUUGGAAACCUCCUGUACUAUCGGUACAUGAACCCAGCCAUUGUAGCCCCUGACGGAUUUGAUAUCAUUGACAUGACAGCCGGAGGACAGAUCAAUCCCGACCAGAGGAGAAACUUGGGGUCAGUGGCCAAGGUUCUUCAGCAUGCAGCUUCCAACAAGCUUUUCGAAGGAGAAAACGAGCAUCUCUCAUCUAUGAACAAUUAUUUAUCAGAAACUUAUCAGGAAUUCAGGAAGUAUUUCAAAGAAGCAUGCAAUGUGCCUGAGCCAGAAGAGAAGUUUAAUAUGGACAAAUACACAGACUUGGUGACAGUCAGCAAGCCAGUCAUUUAUAUUUCCAUUGAAGAAAUCAUCAAUACACAUUCACUCCUGCUGGAGCACCAGGACGCCAUCGCCUCGGAGAAGAAUGACUCCCUCAACGAGCUGCUGCAGCUGCUGGGAGCGGCACCCAGCGUGGAGUCCUUUCUUGGUGAAGGAGCUGUGGACCCCAAUGACCCUAACAAGGAGAACACACUAAACCAGCUCUCAAAAACAGAGAUUUCCCUUUACUUGACAAGCAAAUAUGACAUAGAAGAUGGUGACGCUAUUGAUGGCCGAAGCCUCAUGAUAAAGACAAAAAAGCUGAUUAUUGAUGUGAUUCGAAACCAGCCAGGGACCACAUUGACUGAAAUCCUAGAGACUCCAGCAACGGAACAGCAGGAACAAGAUCACGCCAAAGACAUGUUGAGCCGCGCAGCGAUGGACUCCCGAACUCCAGAGGACGGGAAGCAGAGCCAGGCAGUGAUGGAAGAUGCUCAGCUGCCUCUUGAGCAGAAGAAGAGGAAAAUCCAGAGGAACCUGCGGACGUUAGAGCAGACCGGACAUGUGUCAUCCAAAAACAAGUACCAGGAUAUCCUCAAUGAAAUUGCCAAGGAUAUUCGAAAUCAAAGAAUCCAUCGUAAGCUUCGCAAAGCUGAACUGACAAAACUUCAGCAGACUCUAAAUGCACUGAAUGAGAAGGCUGCAUUUUAUGAGGAGCAAAUUAAUUAUUAUGACACCUACAUAAAGACUUGUUUAGACAACUUAAAAAGGAAAAACACUCGGCGGUCCAUCAAACUGGAUGGAAAAGGAGAGCCCAAAGGCAUGAAGAGAGCGAAACCUGUGCGGUACACGGCAGCUAAGCUUCAUGAGAAGGGUGUCCUGCUAGGAAUCGAUGACCUUCAAACAAACCAGUUUAAGAAUGUUACAUUCGAUAUCGUAGCAACUGAAGAUGUGGGCAUCUUUGACGUCAAAUCAAAAUUCCUUGCUGUUGAAAUGGAAGCAGUGCAGCUUAACAUUCAGGACUUACUCCAGAUGCAGUAUGAAGGCGUAGCCGUGAUGAAAAUGUUCGACAAGGUCAAAGUGAACGUGAACCUCCUCAUCUACCUGCUCAACAAGAAAUUCUACGGGAAAUGAUGGCCUGCGGAGGGGCGUGGGCGCCCCAUGCCUGGAUGGAGAAAGGAAUUUGUUAGUAUUUUUGUUUCUAAACAUGAUUGGAAUUACUGCUUAUAAAUGUGUGAUUUAAAGACCAAAACUGUUGCGAAGAAUGUACCCACGUGCCUUUUUGUGCUCUGAUAGUCCAGUGGAAUGAGACGUAGAACGAAUCAAUGCAGAUGCGUCCAUGUUGUCUGGGAUGUAGCUUCCCCAAUUUGGAACUCUGGACACCCUGUGAUUGGUUUUAAAUGGGGGGGGGGGAGUGUAGCUGAUUUAGGGACAAAUGUGUAAACCUAUUUUCCUAUGAAAAAUUUUAAGUGUCCCACUUGAAUAAUGUAAUUCUUCAUAGAUAUUAUUUAUCUGUGGAGAAACAGCAACCUAAUUAAUUUGCAACGAAUUGUUUAUGUUUAGACAUAGAGUGCUAAGCCCUGCCUCUGGGAAUUACCCAUUUUAAAGCAACCUUUUGUGCAAUUCAAGAUGAAGUUUUUAUAAGUAAUGGAAAGUGACAAUACAAUAACACUUUCUGUAUGAAAGUAUAUAUUUUAUGUGAUUUAUUCCUACUAAGUGAAAGUGCACUACUGCUUCAUGUUAGGGCUCGCAUACAGAGCCUGAAAAUGAUUAAGGAGUAACAUAGAUAGCAAUCAUAGCCCCUCCCUCCCUUCACAAUUUAUUUGAAUACUUCAAUUGUGCCUCUUGAUUUUUGUAAUGCUACAAAAUCAGUAUAGAUGGUUUUAAAAUGUAUUCUUUGAAAAUUGUUUUAUGUAAAAUAAAUG